CUGCGCUUUUACUCAAACUCGAAAAUCUAACAAACCCACCCCUAAACUUUUGAGAUAACUCUGUUUUUGGCCAAAUCAAGCUGAAGUUUUUGCACAAAUACCAAAAAACAGAGAUCCAAACAUGUCUAACUAUCCCAGUGCUUCCGCAUCCCAGUCGACAGGAACUUCUGACCUGGACACAGAGUCCGUGGAAGUUCUGCGGGAGCGGCUGAGCACCAUGAAGCGGCUGAUGGCCGAGCGGACGUCCCAGCAGCAAAACAACCCGGCGACCACGGAGGAGAUAUUCUCCACCAAGCGCCACCGCUCGGCGGGCAUCAUCGAUGGAAACUUCCUGAGCAUCGCGUUCGGCGGAGCUCUGCUGGUGAUCAUCACGGUUUCGGUGUACGCCUUCUACAAUCUCUACCAUGCCAUACUCAAGAAGUUCCCUUCGCGCCACGAGGAGCUGUAAACUAAGCCAAAUUCGAUGGCAGUUUUCUGCUCCCACACAAAUAUGUACGAGUUUCUGCAUUUAAUAAUAAAUUGUAGCAUGAAUUUUACUAUCAAGAAGUGAAAAAGCCUUGGAACGUGUGCUGUUUUGCAUUCGGGUUAAUCAACGCCAUUUAUUGGAGUUCAACUCAUUACAAAAAUCAAUAGUCUCUUUACUUUUUACACAUCCAUUGUUUUUGUUUGGUUCGAAUUAGACUACAACUAAACUGAACAGGGAAAACUGAAUGCAUGGACAGCAAAAAACAAAAGGGGCGUUUGGAAAAUGAUUUGGAUAUUGCUAUAUGGAAAACCAUCAAAAUAUAACGCAGGUUUAUAAUAAAAA